AUGGUUACACCAUCAAAGCUUGCUCAGGAUUUAACUGAAACAUCACGUUUUAUUAAUUUCAAAGAUCCUCAAAUGCGCUCAUUGAUAUUAUCAUUAGGCACACGUACGUUAGCAUUGUUUGGUUCAAUGGUUUUUAGUUAUUUUUUAAUCCGCUAUGCACUUAAACAUCUUGAUCCAACACAUGAAGAAAAAAAACGUCAAAAAGAAUUAGCAGAAAUCAUAUCGAAAAAAAUGAAUUUACCAAAAUCACUUGUAAAUAAUUUUAAUGAAUAUGAAAUGUGUCUUCUAGCAGAUUUAAUUAAUCCAAUUGAUAUUAAAGUUACUUGGCAAGACAUCGGAGGUUUAGAUGAUAUUAUUGAUAAUGUUAGACAAACUGUUAUUUAUCCAUUACAACAUCCGGAAUUAUUUAGUCAAUCGAAAUUAUUAACAACACCAAAAGGUGUUUUACUUUAUGGACCACCAGGAUGUGGAAAAACUAUGUUAGCUAAAGCAAUCGCCAGAGAAGCCGGAGCAAAUUUUAUUAACCUUCAAGUAACAUCUUUAUUAGAUAAAUGGUAUGGUGAAUCACAAAAACGUACAGCAGCUAUAUUUUCAUUAGCUAAAAAAUUGCAACCAACAAUUAUCUUCAUUGAUGAAAUUGAUUCAUUUAUGCGUACACGUCAAAAUGAUGAUCAUGAAUGUACACGAAUGGUUAAAACUCAAUUUAUGACAUUAUGGGAUGGUUUAGAAACGGAUGACGCUGAUCCAACAUCAAAUCGUAUACUUAUCAUUGGGGCAACAAAUCGUGCACAAGAUUUAGAUGCAGCUAUUCUACGUCGUAUGCCAACACGUUAUCAUAUUCAAUCACCGAAUAUCAAUCAACGUAUUAAAAUAUUUGAAUUGGUAUUAAAUAAUGAGAAUCUUGAUACAGAUGUUGAUUUAGAAGAAUUAGCACAACAAACAACAAAUUAUACGGGUAGUGAUAUUAAUGAAAUAUGUCGACAAGCUGCAAUGCAACGUAUUGUUGAAAUAUGUAAUAAAUAUUCAACAACAACAACAACAACAAAUGAAGAAGAUCAUUUAUCUCAAUUAAGACCUAUAACACGAGCAGACUUUCUUGAGGCAUUGAAACAAGUACGCGAGAGCCAUCAACAUCAUCAUGCAUUUAAUAGAUUAACACUUGAUUGA